AGUCAACAGUUUUUUUUCACAAACCUGUCUGAUGGUUUAUUUAUUUUCCUCAUUAAUUCAUAAGUUUCUCACCGCAACAACAAGUUAGCUUGGAGCAAUAGACAAGCGUCAUCCAAACCACAGCGGAAAAAAAAGCAGCCUUGCAGAGAUGCCAAGCUCCAAGGAUACGGAGACACCCCUUACCAAGGCAGAGUCUAUCGCGUUAACCGCAGCCUUUGGUUUGAUUGCGCUGACCAUAAUCAUUGGAAACUCUGUGACUAUUGCAGCUUUUACAAAAACAAGCCUUAACCGACGACCAACCCACUAUUUUCUCAUCUCCCUUGCGGUGGCUGAUUUGAUGGUUGGGGCACUGGCAAUGCCACUUUAUAUCUUCCAUUUUGUAAAUCCAGAUUUGUGGAGUACAAGUGAAGUUAUUCAAGCCGUUUAUUACAGUUGCGAUAUUGUCUCUGGCAUGGCGUCUGUUUUCACCUUAGCAGUCGUAUCUGUCGAGAGACUGUAUGCCGUUGGUUGGCCGUGGAAGUAUCGUCAUUAUACUCCGCUGAAGUGUUACAUAGUUGCCGUAUCGGGCACCUGGAUCCUGGCAGUGGCCAUCUGCUGCCUCUAUUUGUUUUUUCGAUUUAAGUUCAUCUCAGGCGUCGUUCACACAGUAACCGUUGCAUCUUUGUCCGUGUCGCUUACAGUGGCUUGCUCUGCCUACAGUGCUUUGUGGCUCCGGAUCAAGUAUCGAAGACGACGUCGAAGAGGGGUUGAAAAAGACAAAAGGCUCGCUAUAACGUUGUUUCUUAUCACAGGAAUUUUCAUCGUGACUUGGAUGCCUUUUGAGGUUAUCAUUAUAAUUGUCCAUUUUUGCCACUAUUGCAAAAACCCAUCUCACAGGCUCGUUUAUGUCAUAAAAUUACUUCAGUAUAGUAAUUCGUUCGUAAACACCCUUGUGUAUUCAUUUCGAAUGCAAGACUUCCGUAGAGCUAUCCUUAAUGUCUUCCGCAGCGGUUCUUUGAGUUCCAGGGGCAACAUGCGGGUCAGAAACGCGGCAGGGAUCACUCUGACAUCUGUCUCCAAUCUCGUCAACUCCUGCUCAGCGGUGAAUUUAAACAUCAUAUAUGGUGAAAGCCAGUUGAAGAGCAGCUAUGGUGCAACAGGGCAUAGACGACUGGCAAGGAGGAGAGCUGAUUUAUUUCUGAUGCAUAAAAAGGGAAAAUAUUCUCCUAGUAAACUGCACGCUGCUGAAAACGUAUGAUGAGGCGUGAGAUUUAUCAAUUUCAAACCGUUUGAGAAUGUUUGGUGUUUGUGAAAAAGCAACUACACUUUGUGUGGGGAAGGUUUCUUUUUUUUCUUUAAAAAUACCAGCUAGUUUAAUCAUGCUAUACCAGCUUAAAUUCUGUGUAGCCAACCAAGCCUCUACGGACCUUUUCUUUUUCGAUUUCUUUUUUUAAUCAGCCUUAAGACUCAGCCUUAUGACACUAACAAUGCCGAUAGUUGCAUUUAAGGAGGCUCCAUAGGCUUUUUGCUCAAUGUUGGCGGGCGCCAAAAGGUAAUAACCAAGGUUCGGAGUAUCGU